AUGCUAUCUGAGGAUCUGGCUGUGUAUUUUUCUCAAGAGAAAAAUGUGAGUCUGCACCCUGCCCAGAGGUUAUUUAGCCUAGUCACCACCCAGGAGUCUUUGCAGGAUAGAGUAAUUUUGGUUGUAGGAGGGGAAAGCAAGAUUGAGAAUAAUCAGCAGCUAAGUCUAGAAUCUCUAAGAUUUGAAGAGCUUGCCCUAGAAAAAGAUUCCACUGGUGUGCCUUUUGUCUGUUACCCAGAAAAAUCCUCUGAGGAUGGAGUUGGAGUCCUCGAAAGGAAAAUAUCAAGUGGAACUUCUGCUUGCAAGAAAAGUUUCACGAGCCUUUUAGUUACCAUUGAGAACCAUAUCCCAUUAAAACUUUCUCAAUGUUUAGAAACCAGAGCACUUUCUGAAAUUCUUGAAUUUCCUGGGGAAGAAGCCAGAAAUUUAUACAAAUGUCCUGAAUGUGACUAAAGCUUCUGUGAUAAUUCAUACCCUGUUUUGCAUCAGAAAACUCACUUAGGAGAGAAAAAGUAUAAAUGUGAUGCCUGUGAGAUUCUCAGUUAUAGAGCAAACCUGAGUACACAUAUUCAUACUGGUGAGAAGCCCUGUAAGUGUGCUGAGCGCAACAGCAGCUUCUGCCAGUACUCCCAUUUAUUUCAGCAUAUGAAUGUCCAUAUAAAGGAGAAACCCUAUACCGUGUGUGGGAAAAGUUUCAGGCUGAAUAUGCAUCUCCUUGUUCAUCAGUGAACCCAUACAAAAACAUCAUCCGCAGAGGCCUGCGAAGUGCCAAUGAGACCGGAAGCACUAGAAUUGCCUGCAAGAUUGGGAACCGAAAUUCGAAAUUCGCCAGGUCUCUUCCAGCGUCCUUUCCGGGUGGUGCGGCUGCGCAUGUCUGGGGCACUUCGGGUUCGGUGGGAGGUGGAGACCCAGUGA